AUGCCAACUUCCACCACCCCAGGGACCCCAACCACCAGCACCACCGUCACGGAGACGCCCACGGCCUCAUCCACAUCCACAGGGACCACCACUGAGACCCCCACGCCAACCCCCAGCACCUACUCCACCACCACAUCCACCCAGACCCCCAGCCCCACCCCCACCACCUCCACCGAGACCCCGACUCCAUCAUCCACCACCAGGGAGACCCCACCGUCGCCCCCCAGCAGCAGCACCACCACCACCACAGAGACAGCCAGCCCGACCCCCACCAUCACCACCACGACCCGCCCGGAGAGUGCCACCCCCACGGGCACGGUGCCCGGCUCCCCGCCGGGGUCCUCCCCGCCGACCUCUCCAUCCCCCUCGCCCUCCUCCACCAGGGCCACCACCACACCAGCCGGCGAGGAGACGCCCAGCACCCCGCCAGUGACAACACGGGGCUCCACGCCCCCGCCGCCCACCCCUGGCAGCACCCCUCCAGGCCCGCCGACGUCGGGGCCCGCCUCGUCGACACCCACGCCCACCGCGGUGCGCACGAGCACCACCGGGGCCCCCACCCCAGGGCGCCCCUCGACGACCGCGCCGGCCUCCAGCACCGCGGCCUCCAGCACCGCGGCCUCCAGCGCGCCCGCGCCCACGCUCACCCCCACCCCCGUGCCCCCCCCCAGCAUCAGCAUGAGCACCGGCACCGGGCCCUCCACCGCCACCCAGAUAUAUUGCUGCGAGGUCAACGGCACCUACUACGCGCCGGGUGAGCUGGUGUACAACGGCACGCACGGCAACACCUGCUACUACGUGAACUGCUCGCUGGACUGCGACAUCCAGAUCUUCAACUGGUCGUGCCCGUCCACGCCGACCCCGACGCCCGGCCCGACGCCCACUCCCGCGUCCUCGCCCAGCCCGCCCACGCCCCCGAAGCCGCCCGGCACGGCGCCCCCCGGCUGCCCCGACUUCGAUCCUCCCAGACAGGAGAACGAGACGUGGUGGCUGUGCAACUGCACGCAGGCCGUGUGCAAGCACGGGAACACGGUGGAGCUGGUGGAGGUGGAGUGCGAGCCCCCGCCCAUGCCCACCUGCUCCAACAACCUGGCCCCCGUGCGCGUCAUGGACCCCGACGGCUGCUGCUGGCACUGGGAGUGCGACUGCUACUGCUCAGGCUGGGGUGACCCCCACUUCGUCACCUUCGACGGGCUCUACUACAGCUACCAGGGCAACUGCACCUAUGUGCUGGUGGAGGAGAUCACCCCCAAGGUGGACAACUUCGGGGUGUACAUCGACAACUACCACUGCGACCCCAGUGACCAGGUGUCCUGCCCGCGCACCAUCAUCGUGCGCCACGAGACCCAGGAGGUGCUGCUCAAGACCGUGCAGAUGCAGCCCCUGCGGGUGCAGGUGCAGGUCAACGGGCAGGCGGUGGCGCUGCCCUACAGGAAGUACGGGCUGGAGGUGUCUGCGUCGGGCAUCAACUACGUGGUGAGCAUCCCCGAGCUGGGUGCUGUCAUCAACUACAACGGCCUGGCCUUCUCCGUCCGGCUGCCCUUCAGCCUCUUCGGCCACAACACCAAGGGCCAGUGCGGCACCUGCAGCAACAGCACGGCCGACGACUGCAUGCUGCCCAGCGGGGAGCUGGCUGCCGACUGCGAGGUGGCCGCCGACCAGUGGGUGGUGAACGACCCCUCCAAGCCGCACUGCCCGCAGGCGGGCUCCACCACCAGGCGCCCGGCCACCACCACGCCCGGGGGCAGCAGCCCCCCCGGCCAGAGCUGCGGGUCCCCUCUGUGCGAGCUCAUCCUGCAGAGCCCGUUCGCCGCCUGCCACGCCGCGGCGCCGCCCCGGCACUACCACGAGGCCUGCGUGUUCGACAGCUGCUUCGUGCCGGGCGCGGGCCUGGAGUGCGCCAGCCUGCAGACCUACGCGGCGCUGUGCGCGCAGCAGGGCGUCUGCGUCGACUGGCGGAACCUCACCGGGGGCGCCUGCGCCGUGACCUGCCCGUCGCACCGCGAGUACCGGGCCUGCGGCCCCGCGGAGGAGCCCACCUGCAAGACCAGCCCCCCGCCGCAGAACGGCAGCGCGGUGGAGGGCUGCUUCUGCCCCGAGGGCACGACGAGCUACGCGCCCGGCUUCGACGUGUGUGUGGAGGCCUGCGGCUGCGUGGGGCCCGACAACGUGCCCAGAGAGUUUGGGGAGCACUUCGAGUUCGACUGCAAGGAGUGCGUGUGCCUGGAGGGCGGCAGCGGCAUCAUGUGCCACCCCAAGACGUGCCGCGGGCGGUCCGCGCCCACCUGCGCCGAGGACGGCACCUACCCGGCCACCGAGGUGGACCCCGCGGACACCUGCUGCAACGUCACCACCUGCAAGUGCAACGUCAGCCUGUGCCGGGAGCAGCCGCACUCCUGCCCGCUGGGCUUCGAGGCCAAGAGCGAGAUGGUGCCGGGAGGUGCUGCCCGGUCCACUCCUGCGGUGAUGCCCAAGGGCGUGUGCGUCGUGGACAGCGCCGAGUACCAGCCCGGCUCCCCAGUCUACUCCUCCAAGUGCAUGAGCUGCCAGUGCACCAGCCAGCGCAACAGCACCACCCAGCUCCACGUCGUCGCCUGCAGCCGCGUGCCCUGCACCGCCACCUGCAGCCCCGGCUUCGAGCUGGUGGCUGUCCCCGGGGAGUGCUGCGGCAAGUGCCAGCAGACACGCUGCGUCAUCCACCGGCCGGGGGGCCAGUACCUCGUCCUCAAGGUGCGCUGGGCCAGGGAGCGACCCUGGGGGCCGCCUGGGCCCCGAGGCACGGCGGGAUGGCCCGCCUCAGACCCCUCGGUGACCGCCUCCCCGGGAUCCCGCCUCCCCACCCGGGAAGUGAAGAGCGACCCGGGGAGCAACUGCACCUUCUUCAGCUGCGUGAAGAUCCACAACCAGCUCAUCUCGUCCGUCUCCAACAUCACCUGUCCCAGCUUUGACCCCAGCGACUGCGUCCCGGGCACGAUUACCCUCGCGCCCAAUGGCUGCUGCAAGACCUGCACCUCUCGCAACGAGACCCGGGUCCCCUGCUCCACCAUCCCCGUCACCAAGGAGAUCUCCCACGCCGGCUGCGUCGCCAACGUCACCACCAACUACUGCGCCGGGUCCUGCGGCACCUUCGCCAUGUACUCGGCCGAGGCGCAGGCUCUGGACCGCCGCUGCUCGUGCUGCAAGGAAGAGCGCACCCGCCAGCGGGAGGUGACGCUGCGCUGCCCCACGGGCGGGCUGCUGGCCCACACCUUCACCCACAUCGAGAGCUGCCAGUGCCAGGACUCGUCCUGCGCGCCCCUGCCGGCCCGCCGCACGCGCCGCGGUGCUCAGCAGAAGCGCGUGGUUACGGGGCUUCAUCAAAACCCCAUGAACCCCAAAACUAAACAGGGCAGCCCGGCCAGCCCCAAAUGUCAGCAAGCAGCGCCCAAGGGCUCCGUGGCAGUCAGGGCAGCGGGGCUGUGA